GUGUUUUUCACAUUUGCAUUAUAAUAAAACGUAGAAAUCGUCACCUAGUCGCACAGUUUCCCUCCUAUGUCGACAAUUCUCGAUUCAGUCGCCAUCUCUUCAAUUUUUUCCUCUAAUCUCCGCCGAUCCCUCCGCCCCUCGCCGCCGUUCUCCGCCGCAUGGGACCGCCGUGCCCCUCUGAAAUUCACCGGCUUUUCUAUAUCCUAUAACCCUUUUGAUAAUCAAGUUUCACUUACAUCUUCUUCAAGGAUUUGUCGCCGCACAAAUAGCGUCUCCGGCGAAGCUUCCGAUGUAGUCUUCGAUGUUCCCAGCGUGACAGAGGAAACAUGGGAUUCACUUGUUCUCAACGCUACUGAACCUGUGGUGGUUGAGUUUUGGGCUCCCUGGUGUGGACCAUGUCGCAUGUUCCAUCCAGUAAUCAGUGAUCUUGCAAAGCAAUACACAGGAAGGGUGAAGUGCUUCAAGUUGAAUACCGAUGACAGCCCUUCUGUAGCAUCUAGAUAUGGAAUCCGAAGCAUCCCAACGAUAAUGAUCUUCGUUAACGGAGAGAAGAAAGAUGCUAUCAUUGGUGCUGUACCCAAAACAAGUCUAACUGCCAGCAUAGACAAAUUCUUGUAGAAGCUGCUGAAUGGUAAAAGCUAAAAGCUACAUUUGCUUUGUUUUGUCUUCUUUUUUCUUUCUUUUGAAUGGUAAAACCAAAGCUACACUUAGUUUUGAGCUUUUUCACUUAUAUGAAGUUCAUUUUUACCAGAAUUAGAGGUGUUAAUAUUGAUCCAUGGAAGUAUAUUCAACCCUAAUAUUCGAAUUUGAGUUGGCGCUAUUGGAUUAAACUCAUCGUUUGAUCCGUUUUGACUCAAAGCAAACUUUAGGCGGGUUGAUUCGUGAUCUAUUUUAUACUUUUGCU